AGAGAGAGUGUUGGUUCACUCACUGUAUUUCCAAUAACUUCUCUUCCUCCUUUACAGUCAAAAUGAUUCCGAGCUUCACCACCUUGACUUUCUUUGUACUCUGGGCUUCAGGAGUUUCUCAUUCUGUGCUGAUCACUCAGUGGCCCCAGUACAUUUCAAGGUCUCCCAGUGGCUCUGCAGAAAUGCACUGCUACCAGAAUGACACUGACUAUCAGUAUAUGUACUGGUACAAACAGCAGCGAGGAACACAACCUCAGUUAAUGGUUUAUUUAGUGGGCAGCUCUGCAAGCUUUGAAGAAGGAUUCAAAUCUGGCUUUGAGGCAAAGAUAUUGCAGAAGAAGACGUGGUCUCUGAAGAUACCCAGCGCUCAGAGGAAAGAUGAGGCUGUUUAUCUGUGCGCUGCCAGAGACAGUCAGUGUGACACUAGGAGUGAAGCCUACUUUGGAAAAGGAACAAAACUGAUUGUUCUGGAGUAUGACGUCAAGCCACCAACAGUGGAGGUGCUCAGACCAUCAGAAAAAGAGUGUCGAAACCCUCUGGACAAUGAAAGACAGAAAACCUUAGUGUGUGUGGCCAGUGGGUUCUACCCGGACCAUGUCAGUGUAUCCUGGCAGGUUGACAGUAAAACCGUCACCAGUGGUGUAGUAACGGACGAAGCUGCCCUGCGGGAAGGCAAGUCCUACAAAAUCACCAGCCAGCUGAGGGUCUCUGCCGAGGACUGGUACAACCCAGAGCGUCGGUUUGAGUGCUUCGUCAGAUUCUUCAAUGGGGCGGAAUAUAUCGAUUAUCCAUCAUCAAUCCUUGGUGAUACAGCUCCAGCUGACGUCCUGACCAAAGAAGAAUAUCUGAGGAUCACAACGAAAGCCAAACUCUCCUACGGUGUGUUCAUCGUCAAGAGCUGCGUCUACGGAGCCUUCGUGGCCUUUUUGGUUUGGAGACUCCAGAGUUCAACUGAAAAGCCGAGAAACUGAGACCUGAGCUGGGAGGAAAAUAAAGGGUUGCUUUAUGUAAAUAAAACUGCAUGAAACAUAGUGGCUGUAUUUCUGUUAAGCUGAAUGUUGCAGUGUAUUUUUACUCAUUUAUAAAUUAGGGUAGAUAACAGGUUCUGUGCUUAUUCUUAUCAGUAACUCAAAUAUAUGACCUUAGUCAAGAUAGUUCUGCACCAGCUAUUUUAUUUCUCUGUGUAUUUGUUUUUGGUUGUGAACUAAUUGUUUGCAAAACAUUUUUUCUCAAUAAAAGUCUUUUGAAU